AUGGCAGACAGCUUUAAUUCGAGUGGAUAAUUUUAUAAUUUUGUAGGAACGGCAGGCACAGCUGAUUUUUUACCAGGAUCAGGACAGGAACAAUAUUUCGGAAGGAAUUAUUUGGCAUACAACGAUCAACAGGUAGGAAGUUUUCAGAACAAUUUCCAUUAGUCAUAAUUGAUAGAUUCUGAAGUUAAAAAUAGUCUGGAUUAAUUUUUUGAAAUGAAAAUAGAGGAUGUGAGAUUGGACAAUUUAUUAAUUCAGGAGGAGUAGUCUUCGAAUUAGUCCAAAUAGAAAUAAUCCAUACACUCAGAUAUAAAUAGUAGGUCCCAAUAUUCUGGUGAUCAGGAUUUUCGAUUAGAAUCAGCGGAAUAAAUUAAUAGUAAGUUUAAACCUGAAGUUAAGAUGCUCAUCCCUUAAAAUUAGGGAAAGAGUAUAUAUCGAGACAAGAUUGAUUCUUUAUUAGAGAAGCGAACAUCAAACAAUAACUCAGUAUCUCCUUCAAUAACUCCAAGAUCUUCAAAGAGUCAAUAGAAAUUGGAGAGAAAGAGAUCCCAAAACUUGUAGAAUGAGACAUCAAAUGAAAUGACAGAUCCUACACAAGUGAAAUUAGCAAAAAAUAGGGAGUCUGCAAAAAACUCUAGAGAAAGAAAGAAAAUAUAUUAAUAAUUGCUAGAAAAGCAAGUGUAAGAAUUGCAAUAGGAGAACGAGAAAUUGAAGGACAUAUGCAAGAAUCAGGCCUAAUCAAUGGAAAUAGUGAACAAGAAGACACAGAAAUUUUAAUUAUUCUUAGAAUAGUAACAACAGAUGUUUGAGAAAUUGGAGUUGUGUUUAAUAAAGAAGGCCAGUCACGAUGAAAUAGGAAUAAUAAUGGAUGCAUUGAGAUAUAGAAUAUAAUCGAAUUCUUAGGAAAGGAAUGAUACUGCAAGAGUGUACUUUGAUAGCAUAGCGGAAAUAAUGUUGCCCAUGUAAGUGAAGUAUUUGUUGUAUGCAUGCCAAAAUUCGAAAGAUAUGUUUGCGAAUACUGACCAAGAUUACAGCGAAUGGUUGAAGGAAGGUUUUGAAAGUACGAGUGUCAAAUUCGAGAAUUUCACCAAACUGAAGAAAUUUUAGUCUAAGGUUUAAUAAUUAAAAUAAAACAUUUCUAAUUCUUUAGAUAAAAUAAAAAACGAAAUAAAGUCCAUCUAAGACCAAGCCUCUAAAUUGGAUUAAGUUUGGGACUCAUUGAAAUCCAUACUGAAUCCUCUGCAGUUGGGGACAUUGAUGUGUUCUCUUUAUCAUGUAAAUAGUAUUAGCAAUAAUUAGAAUCUCUAUCGGAAUGAAUUAUAGACGAGCACAUUGUUUGCGUAAUUAAAGAACUCACAAGCGGAAGAGGACGACUUUUCGUUUAAGAUAGAGGAGGAAAUAAAUUAUGGGACUAACAAAAUGGUUAAAAGGUGUUGA